UGUGAAACUCGAUGGUGCACGCUUAGAGGUCGGGCUUACAGUCUCCUCGUCAUAGAAUGGAGUCGUCUAUCUUCGCGGCUCGAUGACUCGUUCUUCCAGGGACCAUCGCCCUGUGCUCCCUGUGCUCCCCGUGCUCCGUGUCCAUGAGGCGUCAGAGUCUGCGAUUGCCAUGACUCGUCACGAAUUGGGAGGCGUUGCAAGCGGUUACAUUCCAUAGGCCACAAGUUUACAGGUGAAACCACAUAUUACAAUGGCCAGACCACACGGAGCAAAUCCGGGCCAUCGGUUCGUUCAGUUGCUCCUCGUAUCGCAAUUUUUGUUGUUACGUAUCGCGAAUGCUUUCGCGAGUGCAGGAGAAUUCGCGCAUAAAAGUUUUUCCUCAGAAAGCCCUCGAUAUAGGAACGGAGCCAGGCGGUUGACAACGUAUGCUGACCUGAUGGGCGAACGGAGGUUCUCAGACCCCGAUACAGCGACACCCGCGAGUGAAUCAACAGAUGCCACGGUCACUCCCGCUACAGUCACAUCCAUUACAGACGCUGCACUCACCGGAUCCAUCAGUCGUAGCAUCAACUCCGGUGCGGGUCUAGCUGCCCCCGCUGCAGUCACAUCAACGGCCAGUGUAGGUGAUUCAGGGGGUGCUGGUAGCACUAGCAGCUCAGCUUCCUCUGAUACGAAUUCGUCCGUUACCGAUUCUUCUUCUCCCCCUCCCUCGCGGGACGCGCUCAUUCCCGCUGCCCUGGAGCCCGCGUCACACAUCCCACCUCCGCCCCAGGUCACCUCCGCGUCACAAGCCUCAACUCCUCCGCCCCGUGACUGAAAGCAGCAGCUCUAGUAACGAAACCGAAGCAGCGCCUACAGAGGACAGGACAGCCCACCCUGGGACUUCUGACUCGUUAGAGGGAAGAUCUCCCGGCCAAAGCAGCAACAGUACAAGCGAAGCAGCACGCGGGGAUGGUAACGCUCAAAACGGUCCCUCUGGCUCGACUCCAGAUCCCACGGAAAGCCCUCUUCCUGGAUCCGCUGCCCAAAACCUGCCCAUUCCCUCCAGUGGGCUUGGGCCUAGAACCCCUGCAGCCUCUGCGAACUCGUCUGCAGGGGCUGCUGCUGGUCCCCCCCACCGCAGUCCUCCAGGCGGCUCCCAGGCAAUGCGUCCUAUCGCUGCAAGCGGAGAUGAGUCGAAGCCGCCUCAUCCUCAGGGCGCCCAUGCCUCCCAUGAUGCCCCCUCCAGCUCUCCCGUUCAACCCCCCCACUCCGGUUUCUCGGGAGAUUCUGGGGGCAGCAGCGGGAGCAUGGGGAGGGAGGGAGGAGGUGCGGUGGUGUUGCGUGGGGCGAGGGGAAUGCGCCUUCUGUGGCCAGGUGGUGCCGGCACUGUCCAUUGACAACCAGCGGUGGUCGUGUGUGCAGCGGCGGAGCAAGCAGGAGUGCAUGGGCGCCAUAGUGGGCAGUCAAGCGGAGCUGGUGUCUCUCGACGCAGGGCUGGCCUUCCGGGCGUUCCUGCACGGGCGCAUGAAGGCCAUCAUGAGCGAGCGGCUGGCCUGGGGGGAGACCUACCAUGCUGUUGCCGUGGUGCGCAGGGACGUGUGUGACGUCAGUGCCGGGGGGAGGGGCGAGGAGGAGAGUGCAGGGAUGGGUGGGAGUGAGGGUGUGGGAGUGGGAAAUGCGGGAGGAAGUGGGGAUGGGAGAGAGGGUGGGGUGGAUGAGGGAGGCAGUUUGGGUAGAAGCAACAGCAGCAGCAGCAGCAGCAGCAGCAACAGCAGCAGCAACAGCAGCAGCACUGCUAGCGGCAGAGACGGCAGUGAAGCACCUAACGCCCAAGGCACAGCGCAGGGCACCGGCAAGAACAACCAGCAACGCAGGGAUAACAGCAGCACCGCCACCGCCACCGCCACCGCCACGGCGCACUCUCCCACGCCAUCGCUCCCCGCCCUCCCGCGCGGCCCCUGGGCCACGCUGCACCGCUUCAAGACGUGCCACCCGCUCUACGCCUCCGCUGCCGGCUGGGACCUCCCUGCAGGAGGGAGAGGAGGGGAGGGGAGCCUAGGACGUGGGGACACGGGGAGGGUGUGCAGCGGGUGCGUGUCGGUGAACGGGAGAGGGUCAUGCGACGAGGAGGACUCGUAUGCGGGCUUCCACGGUGCCUUCCGGUGCCUGAUGGAGCAGGCGGGCGACGUGGCGUUUCUCAGGCAUGAUGUGGCGCCGUGGUUUACGCGCGGAGGCAGGUUCCAGCAGCCGUGGUCGCUGCAGGCGCUGGGGGAGUUCAGGCUGCUGUGCCCGCCCAUGGUGGGCGGGUGCAUGGAGUUCACUGACAACCUUGACGCCACUAACUGCACUCUGGGUCGGGUGCCCGCCAACGUGGUGAUGACGCGCAACGCCAUCUCGGAGCGCUUCAAGCGCGCCAUCAUCGCACGCCUGGAGCUCGCCGGCACGGUGAAGGCGUGGCGGGAGGCGCUGUACGAGGGCAGCAACCCCUUCGACUAUGUCCUCUCUGGAAGUGCCAAGGGUCUGCUGCGAGUGGAGUCGUUGACGCGCGCGUACCUGGGCGCCAUGGGGGUGGUGUCGGACGACAUUCUGCGCUACAACAAGGACCACGCUCCUCCUCUGCACGGCAAAGCCACGCAAAGGCAAUACUCUCAUGGUUGGGCGCAUACCUUGCUGCUGACUCUGCUUGCAUGCAUGCUGUUCGCUUAGAGCAUCUCACGGGACAGACUUUGUUGCUUUGAAGGGCCAUGCUUCCUUCAAUAUAGUGUUUUUCCCUGUCCACAAAGUUGCUCCUGUUACCUUGCCUCUGAGGAAGUGCAACCAAGCAGGGCUGAGCGACCUGCCAAGAGGCUCAUGCCAAGCACUCGUGUAGGAGCAAAUGGCCUCCCACUCAGUCACCUCUGCAGCACCACCACAUGCUUGCAGCACCGCCCCUCCACCUGCUUGAGCUUCCGUCGGCCUCAACGUGAGUGAGUAGACGCAAAGCACCGUGCUUCCCUGACAGUGAGGGGCACCCUUUGGCAGCACGAGCCAACCUGCCAGCAGCACUAUCCACCAACCCCACAUCUUCACAGCAUGGCUCUCCCCACAACCACAGCCAGGCCAUGCCGUACUGCAUCGGCUGGUAAGGAAUUGUCAAGAGACCCGCUGGGGUCGCCCUAGAAGAUCCUCGGAAGGGCCACAGGCUGCUAUGCCUGGUGGGCUAUGGGCGCGCCGCUGACCCGCUACUUAACAAGCCCUUUUAGGACAGUGGUUAGCGGCUGUGUUUCUGAGAAGAAUAACCUAGAGAUGAGACGAGCUAGAGCACAGGAACUGCAUGGAGAGGUGCCUUGCUGACGAAUGUGACGAGCGGAAGAUGCACCGUACAGCUUUGCACCCAACCACAAUUUUUACUGCACUUUGGCCAUCAUCAGGGCCCAAAAUUGGUUUUGGGCCGCCCUUUGAAAUCAGGGUCACCCCACC